CAACUGAUUAUCUAGCACAUACUAGGUAUUAUAUUGUACCACAUAAGACAUUUUCAAACGUUUUCAAUAUUUCCUUACUUGAAAAUAUAAUUGUAUAAGCAGGAAUCUUACUAUUGGACAGUUCAAGUAAAUGUUCUAUUUUUAAUGUCCGUUUUAUUUUAUAGAUAAAUGAUAAACAAACAAAUGUUAUAAAUGUUUGAGUUCUUAUUCCUAAUCCUACGCUACAAGUAACGAAAUGUCUCAAGUAAAACUUUUCCAUAGCCCUGAUCCCGCGAAGAUCCAGUUAAAUAACGAAGGCAACCGUUCUGUUACAUUACCUGACUACAUUGCAGAGACAUGUCCUUCCUUAGUCGGACCAAAAGCUGUCUACAACCCCACCACCUACUUAUUCAAUGGUCAUUUACAAACCGGUUAUGCUGCCUACCAUAAUUACAGUCCUACUGUAAAUGAAGUUCACUAUGAAAGAGAGCUUGUUGAUACACCCGAUGGCGGUAUAUUUUCCUUGGAUUGGACACCCACAAAAGAGGGAUUAGAGCAGGAUGAGACUCCCACCUUACUUGUGUUACAUGGACUUACAGGUGGUAGUGAUGAAUCCUAUAUUAGAUGUCUUUUAGAAUUGGUGACUUAUCCUCCUUUCAAUUAUCGUGCUGUUGUAAUGAACAGUCGUGGUUGUGCCGGUACCGAUGUAUUAUCACCUCACAUAUAUAGCGGUGGAUACACUGACGAUCUUCGUAUUGCUCUUACCCACAUUCAAAAGAGACUUGCUCCCAAUACGCCUUUAGUUGCUAUUGGAUUUUCGUUGGGCGCAAAUGUGCUGGUCAAGUAUCUCGGCGAGGAAGGCGAUAAAACUCCUCUUAAGGCAGGCAUUUCUGUUGCGAACCCCUAUGAUUUUAGAAGCUCAAUGGAUCGCUUACAUGAAUCGUUUAUCGGUAGAAAUGUCUAUUCUGUUGCCAUGGCAAAUAACUUGAAAAAAGCAUUUGGAAAGCAUUUAGAAACCAUGGCAAAGGGCGGGAAGAUUGAUCCAGCUCAGGUUAUGUCUGUCAGAACCAUGCGCGAAUUUGACGAUGCUUGUACCCGAAGAAUGUUUGACUAUACAACUGUCAACAAUUAUUAUAGAGAUGCUAGUUCUUGCCGUUUUAUAGAAUAUGUCAAGGUCCCAUUGUUGUGUCUCCACUCUUUAGACGAUCCUAUUGCUCAUGGUAUUUGUAUUCCUUAUGAUGAAAUCAAGGCAAAUCCUAAUGUUGUGCUUGCUACAACCGAUUAUGGCGGACAUCUUGGUUGGUUUGAGCACAACAAGUAUCCUACUAGAUGGAUGGCUAAACCUCUAACCGAAUACAUUGUCGCUUUGUUUCAAGCAUUUGAUAUCAGAAAAGACCAAGGCAAAAAGAUGGACCCAGAACAAAUUGAUCAAACGAUCGAUCAACUUCAAAGUAAAAUUUCUUCGGAUAAGACUGCGUAGUCAUUUUUAACUAUACCAAAUGUUUUACCAUUGAUACAAUAAAAGUAAUAGAAUUGAAACCUGUCAAAUUAAUUUCCUUGUGCUAUUCUUGGCAAUCGGGUUUCUGGGACUGUGAUCAUUUUCAUUGAUCAUGUCUUGGAAUGAUUUGUUCCUUCAGCGACAAGAGCGGAGCAUACUCAGGGAAAAAUAAUACUAUCAAAGAAAAAACAAAAAAAAA